UGACAUUAAGUCGCAAUUGGCACGUGCAAAUCGCGCUAAGCGAGUGACCAGGGUGCAGCGCUGCCUUCUAGCGUACAGUUUCGCGCCUCCUCAUCACCAAUUCUCGUUAUUCAACGCGCAGCGCCUUCACUAGUUCUUUGUCGCGUCUCAUCGCAAAUAGUGAUAAAGGAAGACUCCUCCGUACAUCCAACCACGUCUGGCCCAGCCACAACUAUCUUCACCAAGCCAGCGCAUUGCAAACUUGCGCUCGAAUCGCAUUCUCCUCCGCUUGUCUGUCUGCCCAUCAUGGAUAUACUCCAAGAAUAUGCACUCCCGGUUUUCCAAACCCUCACCACCCUCGAACCUUACACGCGCGCCCCCCUCCGCACCCUCUCAAAUCUCUACACGCAAUACUCCCCCCUCCUAACGCCCUACCUCGACUCCGCUCUCCGCACCUUACACACCUCUCCCGCGAUCCUCUCCCUCGCCGCACUCCUUCUCCUCCUUAUCAUCGCCCUGCAGAUCCUGUAUUUCGUGCGCCGGGUCAUGAUGUUCUGGUUCCGGGUAGUGAUGAAGCUUGUGGUUUGGGGAUGUAUUGGCGUCCUGGUUGCGGUGGUUUGGCAGAGGGGGCUGGAGAGGACGGUGGGGGAUUUGGUGGGCUGGGCGGGAGAGGUGGCGAGGGUCUGGGAGAGGGAGUAUAAGAGGUGGGAGGGCGUGCAGAAUCAGGCUGGUGGGGGGAAUAGUGGUACGGGGAGUGGGAAGGGGGGGUAUGGGAGGACGAAUGCAGGGAGUUCGUGGAGAUGAGGGGAGAGAGACAGAGGGGAAGUCGGAAGAGUGCUGUGGAAAGUUGGAGAGUUGACUUGAUCUUUCUUACGAAGUCAGGGUGUAAUAUGGUACUGGAAGACGUCGGAUUCUAGAGUGGCUGGUUUGUCAACUUGGAGAGAGAACUGGAGUGGCUUAGAGAUAAGGAAGUGUACUCAGGUUUGGCGUUUGGGCACGGCGGCUCCCUCAGGGUAUUGAUGGAUGGUUGCAUAAUAAUUAGAGUUUGGGUUGUCUUCUUGUACUGGAUGCGGUAUGAUGCGCGCUUUACGGACGUUUUGGACUAUGAUGAGCACGGCAGUACGAUGUAUAUCCAGCACGAGUACCUCAUUGCAAAGAUCUGGGAACGUGAACCCAAGUG